UCAUUCCCCAUUCUCCAUUCUCCAUUCUCCAUUCUCCAUUCUCCAUGAACUUCUCUGUAUUUCUCUUCUCAAUUACAUUUGCAUCACCGCUUCCUCUUUUCUUUUCUUGUACUCCAAGACAUGGGCAAUGUCUCGAGCUCUGACCACGACAAGGUCAACGAGCGACUUGUAAAGCGAACCCAGAAGCGUGGGGGAUCUCUCAGCCGUAAAUUAAAGCAUCAGCAGCAACACCGACAACAAAAGUUAUUUAAUGGGCAAGAAUACCAGCCUCAAUGUGAGCUGCAACUACAGUACGAGUGCCAACAAUCACAUCAAAGACCAUCACUAUCGUCAAUGCCUUCCUCGUCUGUCGGCCAUAUUCUAGAUUCCUCUGAACAGCCAUCAGAAUUAGAAGACGUAAUAGCCCACGGACUCCCCCACGGGCUCUCCCGCUCUCACCACUGGAUCUCUUCUCCUUCCUCUCCAUCAGUACCCCCUAUAAAGGGCCUUCGCCGUCUACGAGAUAAACAUCUCGUGCCUAAAUGUUUGUCAGUAUCCCAGACGGACUUUUAUGCCCGGCCCAAGGCUGAGUGCUCACCUCUGACUCCGACCUCUCCUGCUACAUCCUUCUCUGCUACCUCAACGAUCGCAACAUCUAUUAGUACCCAGCCCGACGAUCUCAACGCCAUUCCUAACUUCAACCCCCAACAAAUACAAGAGUCGUCAGUGCAUACAUAUCACUCAGCACCCAUCGUGAUCCCACAGCUACCCCCGAAUCAGAAUGCGGCUCAAAGUGAGCACACAGAGGGUCUGGGCACCAACCCGCAGACUUCCUCGUUUCCACUGAAGCGAAAUGGCUUGGAUCACGCUGCAAAUUGCAGUCAGCAGUGCCUGCUUGGAAGCUCGUCAGACGCUAAAGAAUGGCUCAAACAAAAACCCACGAGAUCAGCAGCUCGUAUGAUUCAUCAGUACAACUUCCAUAGCCAUAGUUACUAUAGAACACCUGGUAGUCUCAGGGCGACAAACAAUGUCACCCGAAGUCUCUCAAUUCACGCUCCGCCUCCUCCUCUAUCGAACAGUGAUAUUUGUCUCAUUAAGGCUACUGGUGUAGAGGAUCCUGAAAAUAAGUCUGUAGAAUCAACAAUUUCAUCGUGGCCCAGUUUCUUAACUGCCACUGCUGUCACCAAGGCCUCAGGUAAUACGUCCACCGAACAGUAUCCAAUGGACUCCAAGCCGAUGAGCGGCUCUGCCGAGUUUGGCAAGAGUCAUUCUGGUGGAGCGUAUCUUUAUGGGUGUAGUAACCCUUCGUCCGAGUCUCUCAACAGUUCGCCUUCAGAUAGCUGGGAACGGAAGCCUCGAGUAGGGCGGCUUGUCAUGUCUCGAUCAAAACUCUACUCUUCAUCCGUACCAGCUACUGAUAAAUUCCAUAAUUCAUCUUAGGGUAAAAGGAAUGACAAAGGUGUGCAGGUUUAAUUGCUGUCCUUCCACGCCUUCUACGCAUGGCGUUGUAUUUUAC